AAGAUUAAUAGAAAAAGAAAAAGUAAAAGAAGAGUUGUUAGUGAAGAAGCAGAUUCAUCAGAAACUCGUCUUGUGAGAGCCAACGCUACCUUUUCGUCAAGAAAUCUCUCUCUCUCUCUCUCUCUCUCUCUGAUCGGACCACUACAAGUAAUUGAGCGUAUUAUUAUUAUUAUUAUUAUUAUACUCCUUCAAAGUAAGCGUUAAUUCCCCGAUCACAGACCGACAGGAUAGUGAUCAGCUGAUUUCUUAGAAUAACCACUACUGUAUCAAUUUUGGUCUCUACUUCAAUUCAAGAUUUUUUUUCGAAAAAACAAAAACAAAAACAGAAAGAGAGGACCGGCGGCUGGUGGAGGCGGAAGCAGCGGCAGCUGAAAUAGUAAUGGGACAAGCUUUCAGGAAGCUCUUCGAUGCCUUCUUCGGCAACUCUGAGAUGAGGGUUGUGAUGCUUGGGCUGGAUGCAGCUGGCAAAACAACUAUACUCUACAAACUUCAUAUAGGAGAAGUUUUGUCUACAGUUCCUACUAUCGGUUUUAAUGUGGAAAAGGUUCAGUAUAAGAAUGUAAUUUUCACGGUGUGGGAUGUAGGUGGACAAGAAAAAUUAAGGCCACUGUGGAGGCAUUAUUUCAAUAAUACGGAUGGACUGAUCUACGUCGUUGACUCUUUGGAUAGAGAGAGGAUUGGAAAGGCAAAGGCAGAAUUUCAGGCCAUUAUUAGGGAUCCAUUUAUGCUUAAUGCUGUCAUCUUGGUCUUUGCCAACAAGCAGGACAUGAAAGGAGCAAUGUCGCCGAUGGAGGUUUGUGAAGGGCUGGGGCUGUAUGAUCUUGAGAACAGAAAGUGGCAUAUACAGGGGACUUGUGCUCUUAGAGGGGAUGGGCUGUAUGAGGGGUUGGAUUGGUUAGCAAGCACCCUGAAGGAACAUAAAGCUGCUGGAUUUUCUUCAGUUGGCACAUCAUCCUUCUGAUUCUUCAGAGAAGAUUAUUGAUGGAUAAAGCUGAAGGGAUGAUGGUGUCUAUACUAGCGAAGGCAACUAUUAUGUUCUUAUUUUUGUCUGAGUUGUGAUUCUGAAGCUGAUUGGUUGGAACGCGAUUGGUAGAGUGCACUCACUUCGGGGGAAAUAAAUGUUGCAGAUGUCCCCUAUACUAUAAAAAAAUGCUCUUUUUUUUUUGGGGUUGGGAAGAGAGAAAGGGUGGGAGAGAGAGAGAGAGAGAGGUGGGGGGUGGGUUUGGAUGCAUAAGUAAAAGUAGUAGUAUUAUUACAAGUAAUUGUGGUUAGUUUGGGGGGAAAGUGUGUGUGUGAGUAGAAGCUAGUUGUGUUGGUGUCCGUGGUGGUACGAGGAUGAUCUGAUGAGGGGGGUUUUUGCUUUAUUAUUGAUCUGCUACGGCGCACUCUGGUGGUAAAUGUAUCUGGAUCGCAUUAUCUGAUCUGAUCUCCAACGGACACAGGUGUACCAAGUUUGUUUUAUGAGAGUAGAUUGCAACGUUUCUUUUCAUAGAAGAAUAAGGGAAACUCCUUUGCCUU